UGAUUUGUUUGUGUAAUUCCAGUUCCAAUGCGCUAAUGUUUUGUCACACAAAACAUACAUUUUCAAAGAUGGACWUCAAACUAUUAUGUUAAGAGGCGGUUUGGUGAUGUGGGGGGGUUGUGUCCAGUUUUGCGCAACAUGACUGACUGCAUGCCAUAGGAUACACAAGUGGGUAUGGCUACAACAGCACAAGGCGUGGUGGCCGAAAUUUGAUUCGCGUUUAAAAGGCCCAGCWGCUCAGAAACCAAGAAGAGUCCUUUCCCUUUAGAGUCAGGUAGCUCCUUAUUUGGCAUACGGAGAUUCACACAACUCUGCCCCUCUGGAACUGUAACUAGGGCCAAAGCGCGCACAGAGGGUUUGUGCAAUGCACACUCCCGUCCAUGGGCUCCUCUUCAACGGAGUCAACCAGUCUCUGGUUUUCAGUCCUACGGAUGAUCCGAUCAUGGGGAUCCUUGGCAAUGGCACCGUCCUCCCGAACGGGAGCGAUCCUUUUGGAAGAAACGAAGAGGUCGCCAAAAUAGAGAUAACGGUCCUCAGCAUCACCUUUGUGGUGGCUGUGAUUGGGAACYUCAGUGUCUUGCUGGCCAUGUUCAACACUAAGAAAAAGAAGUCMAGAAUGCACCUCUUCAUCCGGCACCUCAGCAUAGCUGACCUGGUGGUCGCUUUCUUCCAGGUCCUGCCGCAGCUCUGCUGGAAGAUCACCUUUCGCUUCUACGGGCCAGAUGUCCUGUGCAGGAUAGUGAAGCACCUCCAGGUGAUGGGCAUGUUCGCCUCCACCUACAUGAUGGUGAUGAUGACCUUGGACCGUUACAUCGCCAUCUGCCACCCUCUGAAGACCCUUCAGCAGCCCACCCAGCGGUCCUAUAUUAUGAUCAUCAGCACCUGGAUGUGUAGUCUGGUCCUCAGCAUGCCGCAGUACUUUAUCUUCUCUCUGAGUGAGAUCAAGAACGGUUCGGUUGUCUACGACUGUUGGGGCCACUUCAUAGAACCGUGGGGUGUAAAGGCGUACAUCACUUGGAUAACCGUCAGUAUAUUCGUAAUCCCAGUGUUCAUUCUGAUGAUAUGCUACGGGUUCAUCUGCCACAGCAUAUGGAAGAACAUAAGGUAUAAAACCAGAAACACACACGCGGGUGUUGCGUCUAAAAACGGUCUGAUGGGAAUUAACUCUGUUAGCAACGUUACUACUAUAUCCAGAGCGAAAUUGAGAACUGUCAAAAUGACUUUUGUGAUUGUCCUGGCUUACAUAAUAUGCUGGUCACCUUUUUUCAUCGUGCAGAUGUGGUCGGUGUGGGAUGAGAAUUUCGCAUGGGACGAAUCUGAGAACACCGCUGUCACACUGUCCGCGCUCCUCGCGAGUCUAAACAGCUGCUGUAACCCGUGGAUAUACAUGAUCUUCAGCGGGAAUCUUCUUCACGACUUUACUCUCUGUUUCCCGUGCUGUAAUAAAUUACGCUACAAGUUCAAGAAAGAGGACUCGGACAGCAGUCUCCGGAGAAAUACGGCAUUGACUAAAAUGACCAACCGAAGCCCAACGUGCAGUUCAGGCACUUGGAAAGACAGUGACAACUCCCCCUAGUUCUCCAUUCAAUCUAGUCAAGCAGAGACCUAACACAACGCGUUAAACGCACAAACACAAACUAGUGGUUAUUUAUUGAUUGACUCUUAUUGACUUGACAAUUAUAAGACUUUCAAGGUACCACUUUAAAACGGGUGGGAUACUGACACUGAUUGAUUGAUGUGUCCCUAAAAUAGAUGAGCAUUACACAGUUGUUUUGGGAUAUAUUGUCUGGAUUGUCUGUCAGAAAAACAUCUGAAGAAUGAAGUCUUGAGAAGUCAGAGUGAUAAACCAAAAUCACAAAGUGAUAAGCUAUUUCCUCUGGUAAAACAUGUUAUAAGUUGAAGAUAUUUUAUGUGCCAUAUAGUCUACAGGCCAGUGUUUCAACAGGUUCCAAACCUGAUUCUCUGGAGUCUAAUACAGUUUAUAAUGGCUGAAAUACAUCAGAUCUGAAUUUGAAAAUGUAAAGUAGAAAAGAAACAGAUCAUCUGAACUAUCUAAAUACCAACAGCUAUAUCAGUUGAGUAAAAAAAUAAAAAUACAUCUAAAACAUUC